AUGUUCCCCUUAGAGAAAGACCUGGUGAUGGGGAUGAUCAAACAAGCUCUUGAUGGUGUCGAGCUCUCAGCGUCUCCUCACCAGCAGAACCUUCAGCAGCUCCAGGCUCUUCCUGGUGCAUCACCACAGAUACAUGGUCCAUCAUUUGACCAGUCGUGGAGAAAACCACAGAGAAUGAGAUUGAACCAAGCUUUCAGUAGGGACAAGCCAGAGAGGAUUGGAGAUGCAGAGGUCCUUGAAGUCCACACAGAAGCUGAGAGUUGUGUUCAAGAUGAGUCACUUGAGCCUAUGGAGAGUACAUAAUGUUCUCUGAUUUCCAUCAUGGUGAUACAUGUAUGAUGGUUUCCUUAUUGUGAUAAUUGAUUAGCUCCACUGGUGACAUAUUAUAUCACCGUUUUUUUUUUCUUUAGCACGUUUGAUUUAAUUUGCACUUCAGCUAUACAAUACACUAUGGGUAGUGUAGGGUAGGGUAGGUGUGAUAGUGUCACAUGGUACUGUGGAUUAUGUUACAUAGUUGUGUAUCAGUUGUCUAGGGGAUCAUGUUUGAAACUUAGAAAAGUAGAGUGACAAGUUUAACCUGUUGA